CCCUAUCGCAGCGCAAUGCGAUAUGCAUGCAUGCAUAUGGACCGGGAAUUUUGUAUUUGUUUGAGAAGAAAGAAGCAAAUCACCGGUUGCAAUGUGGUCAGUUGAAAGCGUUGGAAAAGAGUGCAGUUACAACUUUAUAGUUGGAGAGGACUACAUGGUUGGCCGUAAAGAUUGUCCCAUUUUGAUAGCGGGUGACCAGUCCAUCAGUCGUAAGCAUGCGUCUUUCAGAGUCAAACAUCCCGAGAGUAAUCUUAAUCGGCCGAAUUCUCCCUCGACCCUGAUUUUGAAAGAGACUUCAAAGUUUGGCACAACCUGCAAUGGAGUCAAACUGGAAUCGGGAAGUGAUAAAAGCCUUAACAAUGGAGAUGUCAUUUCAUUUGGGUCAUUGAAUUCAAAUAAAUGGAGGGUUUGUUUUAACCCUGUUGUGGUAGCCGCCUCUGCCCUGCCAGGAAACGAGAAGCGAACCCUGAAGCAGAUUGUUCAUAGGAUUGGUGGUCAUGUGGUUUCUGAAUGGUGUCCACAAUGUACCCAUCUAGUCAUGUCAGAGCUGAAUGUUACUAUCAAGGUAAUAAGUGCUCUUGUGGCAUGCCGACCUAUCGUUACUCCAGACUUCUUCAAGCAUACUUUGGAAUCUGUCAUCGAAAAAUCUUCCCUGCCUACUCCAGGAACUUAUCUUCCUUCUGUGGCUGAGGCAGCUAUCAAUAAGGAUGAGGUCUCCUUCAGCCCAGAUGAAAGGAGGAAAGAGAUUUUUAAGGACAGGACUUUCUUUUUUCUUACUGAGAAACAGUACAAGCGUCUUCACAUACCAAUAAGCUUGGCUGGAGGCCAGUCAGAGCUCCUGGAAGAGGAUAGUGAUGUCCACUCCAUAUCUAGUCGUUUGACCUCUAGUACAUCCUGUGUGCUUUACACUGAACAUCAAGACAAUCUACAGCAGAUGAGCCAGUCUGGACAAAAGGUCACUUCACAGGUUCUCAAGCUCCUAAAGAAGCAUGGUUUACGUCCUAUCCCAGAGUCUGAACUUGGACUGGCUGUUAUCUAUGUCUCCACAGCCCUGCAUUGCAAUCCAAAAGUUGCACAAGCUGGUCUGGACCUUAUCAGUGCAGUCCCUUCACAGUCCUUACCAACUCAGAAUGUUCUAGUCUCAGAAACCCAGUCUAUUUCACAAAGAAUACAUGGUGGAAGUGAGAAGGUGGAUAGGAAGGCCACAACUACAAUGAAGAAAGAGACUGGAUCCACAUCUAAUCUUCCAAAACGAAAUCUCACAUCAACUCCCAAAAUUUCCAAGAUCUCAGAGACAAUAGUUGCCACGCCCACAGGAACAGCCAAUCAGGCUUCAUCAUCUAGGCCCUUUGACGGAUCCCCAGAGUUCUCAUUUCAAGAGAAAGCUCCAAUCAAGAUGGAAAAGACAAGAUGUGAUGUCAGGGAUGACCAGAGAGAUACUAUCCCAAGAACAGAGGCUAAGACAAAGGAUGAAAGACAUGAUGAAGGCAUGGAAAGAAAGGAGGAGAGGAAAGAAGAGAGAAAGACAGUCAAGGUCAAAGAGGAGGUUUUCAGUCAGCCUAAUGGAAGAGGAGAUGCAGGUGAAAGAGGGAGUGGUGGAAAGAACACCAAGGCAGCAUCAUCAGUAGGAGUCCCAGAAAGCCUGGAGAUCAAAACUGAACAGCCCUCAAGAUCUGAAGCCACAAUCAGUAAAGAUUCCAGUCAAAAGGACAUGCAGAGGCAAAGCAUGCAGGACAUAUUCAGAAAACCACCAGAAUUGAGCAGAAAGCCGGAAAGGAAAGCAAAGGAAGAGGCAGGAGUGGAGGAAGUAGAUGGACGGACAGAACCAUUGAAAGAAGAACCUAUGGACCAAGGUGAGACAGAAGUGGAGCACGUCCUCGGGCAGGACGAUGACGAGGAAGAUGAUGAUGUGGUAGAAGAUGACCCGUUUCACUAUGAAAGAAAGAAACCAAAGAAGAAACCUGAAACUGGGAGGACUGAUCCGGAGCCAGUGUCGAAUGUUGAGGUUAAGCUUGAAGGGAAAAGGAGCAGUAAGAGAAGGGCUAAUUGGAGCGUUGAGAAUGAUGAACAGAGCAACGAAGUCCAGACAAGCAGAGAAAAUGAUGGAGGAGGCGGUAUGUGGAAGAAGAAAGCCAGGAUUGAUGUUUUCUCUCAGGAGGAAGAAGCAGAAUCUAAGUCUCAAGUAGACAUGCAGGAUGCAGGGACAGGAUUCUCAGAGGAUGCCUUGAACUUACCAAGAGGGUUCAUCUCGGCUCGUAUUCCAAUAGAGGACCAGGUGAAUGUGAAAAUCGAACAGGAAUACAUGAAGGAAGAGGGUCUACCUAGCAAGCUGAUUAAAGUGAUGAAUGCUGCCCUCAUUAUCCGCAAGGAGAGAAAUACGUCACGCAGGACAGUUAAGGAGUCUGGCAGUGGAAGGCAGGUGAAGAAUUUCAAGAAGUUCAGGAAGGCUGGAUAUGCUGGUCAAUCUGUCAUCCCUCGCAUCAUUGGAGGCAACGAUCUCUUUACUCAUUAUAACAAUCCAAGUAAAGAUAUUGAAGACAUGUUUAAUGAAGAAGUUCGGGCGGAGAAGAAGAAGGAUAAGCAGGAAGAGAUGGCUGACAAACUGUUCGCUUUUGAGCCAAGGAAAGCUGGAGGCUCAAAGCGGAGGAGAUGAGAAACCUGGAAGACCAUCGCAUCAAUGGCCGUCUCUUUUGUUGUGAUGCUGAAGACAACCUUAUGCAAACAUGCAGAAUAUUUGAGGUGCAACAGAUCAAACACCCAUACCUUGCAAUGCACACAGACUCCACUUGGUUCUGCACGAUUUGUUUACGUUGGCCUUGUUUAUGUAAUAUGGAUUUUUGCAAAGUCACAUGCUUUCAUAAUGCCAUGUAUGUUGAUACCGUAAUUGCUUUCAAGUUAGCUGAAGCGUGUCAUCAAGUAAAUAUUUCUAGUAUAGUGGUUGUAUCUUCCCUGUUUAGGGUGAUAUGAAUUGAGUCUUAUUCAAAUGCAUAGAUACUGAAAAGGCAAGGUUAAUUAAAUAAUGACAGAGCCAUUUAUGCCCAUUUUAGUCACUGAUGACUUGUAAAUUCAAUGAGAUGAGUAUAUUGCUAGGCCCCAUGAUACAAAACUUAGUGACUGAUCUUAGCAUUGGUUUUAAGAUCGAUUACAUUGGUCAUUAUAUGUGCUUUUGCAAACAACUGUAUCUAUAAUAAUGAUAAUAAUAAUGGCAUAUUUACCCAGGGUAGCCACUUUAGUUACGAGAACUGUUCUCCCAGCGGGCCCUGCCAUUAUUAUUACCCCGGCUUAAAAAAACUGUAGAAUUAAAGUUUUCUUUUAGUGACCCAUAAUCUUAUGAUACAUUAUAUUUAAUAUGUUUCUUAUCAUGAAACAAAAUAAUCAUACCACAACUUUUUGUGGCUAUGACUUUAGUAUCAAUUGUUUAUGCUUUGCUUUGCUUAUGUUCAUGUAAAAGAACUAUAUUUUGUUUGCGGUUUAAAUAUGAUUGAAAUGCUACUGAACAAAAUGAAAUCUUGCCAGAAUGCCCUGAAUGAAGUAACAUUGUAAAACUUGAAUUAUCACAAACCAUCACUGUUGAAGCAGUAUUCACUAUUUUUUUUUUUUUGGGGGGGGGCAAUGGUAUAUAUAUUCAUGCAUCCUCUGAGUUCUCAAACAUUAUGUUAGCAAAGGCAAUUUUUCAUGGUUUUCUCCAUUGUGAAUUUGGGAAUAUUUCAUUAGGGUGAAUAUGGAAAGAAAUGGCUCAGUGUACAUGAGAUUUUGU